AUGGCCGACUAUUUCGAGUGAGUUUUUUGGCUUUUUUCGUCGUUCUUGGAAGUGUUGUGAGCGUAGGCGUUUCCCGUAUUUGUACAUGAUUGGCGUGAUUGUGGUUGGUUGUAUUUGGAAUUUUCUGAAUAUUGUAUUUUAUGUUAUAUUUUAUAUUAUUAUUAUUGAUUUUGUGGUGAUAACGAUCAAUAACAACAAAAUUAGCAUCAACAAUGCUAUGAAUAUUUUAAAAACAUUACCUAAACACUAACCCAGUCUCUAAUAUAAUAAAAAGCACUAUACUAACACUAAUAUAAUAAUACCAUACGUUUUUUACAAUCAAAAUUUUUGUUAUUAACAUUUUGUUUUUUAUAACAUAAUUUAUAUCGUAAUAACCUUUUUAAGUUGUUUUAUUUGUCUAAAAAUUAAACCCUUACAAACGAGGUAUUUUACAAAAUCUAACACAUACAAACACUUCUUUUUAUUAAAGAACUAACUCAACACCAAACGAGUCUACUACAAUAUAACUAGAAUCCACAAAAAGCGAAAUUUCUACGCCAAAACUUAACUUUAUCAGCCCAAUCUUGUGCUUAAAAUCUUCCUUACAAUUUAAUUUCCCUAACACUUCCAAUUACACCUUCAAAAAACAAAAAUCAGACUAACUUACCGAUUCUUUCAGAGAACUCCGCUUCGGCGGUCCAUGUGGAGAUGAAGAGCCAGAAGUUGCCCCAGCCUCUGGUGGUGAUGAUGUAAGUCCAAAUUUGUAAAAUACAAGUAACAAUAUGCUAAAGUUCGUUCACUUUUACAUUAUUUUACCUGAAAUGCGGACAAAAUAUUGUAUGGAAAACUUUUUUCUAAAGGCGACAUUUUAUACGAAGAAACAUGACCGACAUAUUUUUGCAAAAGCAAAUUUUUGCCAAAAUUCCUUUGAUCUUUAUUAAAAAAUGUUCAAAAUCGGUUAGAAAAUGCUAUUUCUGUAUUUUAGGAAGCCAAGAAGAAGGCUGAAGAACGCGAACGCAAGAAGGCCGAAGUCCGUAAGCGUUUGGAAGAAGCCGGCUCCAAGAAGAAGGCCAAGAAGGGUUUCCUCACACCUGAACGUAAGAAGAAACUCCGUGUAAGUUUUCAAAACAAUUUUUUGUAUUUAACAAAAAUACUUUUUUAGCUUUAUUUUGUUAAUUUUGGGCAGUUUGUUGCCUAAACAAUGCUUUCUUCCAAAAAUACUGCUGUCAAGCAGAGUAAUGGAUUAGAUAUUCUUGGCUAAGAUCUCAUGACCAUAUUUUUAGAAAUUGUUGAUGAUCAAAGCCGCUGAAGACUUGAAACAACAACAAUUGAAACGCGAACAAGAACGUCAACAGGUCCUCCAAAAACGUAUCGUCCCUCUUCCAGAUGUCGACACCAUUGACGACAAGGGUAAGCAAAAGAUGGACAACAAUCUUACGAAUCUUUCAAUCAGUUUUGUUUUUAAUUUUAUAUAAAAAACAGAUUUUAAAGCGAUAUUAACCAUGAGGUCUCGCCAUGGAUAAUAUAAUUUGAAAGCUGCAUUCUUUAUGCAUUUUGGGGAAAAAAUUAAACAAUGAUUUUUUAGGCAAAUUGGAGUCCAUCUACAACGAGCUCUUCUCCCGCAUGGUACAGCUCGAGGAAGAGAAGUACGACAUCAACGCCUUGGUCAGCGAGAAAGACGCCCAAAUCAACGAACUCACCAUCGCCGUCAACGACUUGCGCGGUAAAUUCGUUAAGCCCACCUUGAAGAAGGUUUCCAAAUACGACAACAAGUUCAAGAAGGCCGCCGCCGGAGGUGGCGAAGGUGGUGCCACCGAGAAGGCCGACUUCCGCUCCCAACUCAAGGUCGUCAAGAAGGAGAACGCUUUGGAUGUCUUGAACAAGAAGGUGAGUUGUUGUACAAAGGGGAGUGAGUUGCGGAUGGUCUUUUGAACUUUUUAAGUAUAACUUUAUAAAUUGAUGAUUUUGACCAUAAUUCGUCCAAAAAUGACCGAACACUAGAUUUUAAGUAAUCAAUGUGUAAAAUACGUUGCGUGCUUAAUUUCAACUUAAAAUUUACCAAAUUUCAGCAACAACAAAAAUCAGAGAAGCCAGAAUGGUCCAAGAAGGGAGGCGCCAAGGCUGAUGCCCCACCAACGCCCGCCAAGACCGAAGCCGAAGAGAAGCCAGCUGAGGAGGAGAAGCCGGCCGAGGAAGAAGUUGUGGAAGAAGAAGAAGGUAAAUAAUUUACUGUGGGCCCGAUUUUAGGCUUAUAAGAUGUAUUUUUAUAACAAUUUCGAAUUUAUAUGACGUAUAUUGCAAAAGCUAAAUGUUUUUAAAAAUAUUUUUUAAAGAUUUAAAUAUCGUAUUUGACUUUCAGGUGAAGAGGAAGAAGAAGAGUAA